CAAAACCAUGCUAAAUUUAUGGCGAUGGAUCAGAAGAGGGCCAACACAGCGUAGAUGGAGGCGACCUGCAUUUAUCUCAUUGAUUAUUUUGAUAGGUACAUGUGUUUUGGGAUCGCUCUUGAUUACUUCGCUACCUAAACGAGGCGUUCGCUUGCAGGAAUUAGACUCACGCCGUCCAGUCGCAUACACGAAGUUAGGAAAGUGUCAAAAUACUCCAAACGGCGACAUUGACUGCCCAGAUAUCCGUCAGUUGGGUUCAACACCACUUCGAAAGGCUCAGUUAGUGCUUACAAGAAUUCUUCGAAUCUUUGAUCUGAUUGCAAAAAAGCACGGUAUAAAAUACUGGUUAACUAGAGGCAGUCUUCUCGGAGCGAUUCGACAUGGCGGCCACAAUCCUUUCGACGAUGACAUAGAUAUUUGCAUUCCUAAAGCAGACUUUGAAAAGUUUGUUAAAUACGGUCUGAAAGAACUUCCAGAUGAUAUAUUUUUCCAAACAGAAGACACCGAUGUAUUUUACAAAAUUCCGCCUCAAAGUGGAAUGUUGGGGAAACUUCGCGACACCAAGAGUUGUUAUAAGUAUUGUCUUCGUAACGGCUGCAAGUUUGCGGAUGGUUUGCAACUUGAUAUGCUGGUACUAGAGACGGAUUCUGAUGGCAAUUUUUUAAACCUGUUCAGUCAUUCCUCAUGGUUCGUACGAAGAUUUAUCUACGGACCGUUGAGAAGAAAACGGACCGACAUUUUCCCUUUAGUUGUAGUGAAUUUCGAUGGGUUUGCUUUACCAGCACCGCGCGAAUGGAGGAAACUUCUGACAUCAUCUUAUGGUGAUUUUAUGAGAAUUCCAUACGAAAAACCGUUGGCCCACAAAAUAACAGAUGCACUGCGAAGUUGUGAAGAGAUAGAAAAAUUAAGGCUAUAACUUUAAAUUAAAGUUUGAGCUUAGUUUCAUUUCAUCUGAAUUUUUUAGCAUAUAUUAACUUUAAGUAUUUACACAAGGUGACACUCUGGUUUAUCGCUCAUCAAUUAUUAAAAGUUUUAAAGCAACUUUUCAUAGGAAAACUAUGAAAACUUAACAUUUCCUAACACUUUAUCAAGAAACGUUUCGAAGUUUGGUAAAAUUUCCGCACAACCCCAUACUAUUGUAAAACAAAUUUGUUUUCCCAGUUUUCUGGUUUUUUUUUGUUGUUGUUGUCUGUUUUUUUGCGAUCCAUUGUUUUUGUCAUUGUUUUCUCUAUCCAAGAACUGAAUGCGUAAUGUAGUAUGGGGCUGUGAGGAAAUUUUACCCGAAGUUUAGUUAGAGUUAUGAAUUUUUCUGAAAUUUAAGCGAGAGAGUAUUACCAUGUAAAAACAGUUCAUUACAGACUAAUGAAAUGCUCUUCAAACUGACAAAGGUUGAUGUUUCAUCGUAUUAAUUCUUAAAGACGCUUUUAACGGUAACUUUCCGAGUUGACAUCAAACCAUUCGUAAAUGGUUUAUGACGGUUUGAAAUUCCAACUUAAGUAAACGGUGACGCGGGAGUUGCUUGGGGUUUCAGGGUUAAAAUUUGGUUUGCCAUGUAAACGAAGUCAGUACUCGUAACGGAGAAUAUUUUCAUUGUUUAGACCACCUUGAUAGCAAAAGUUGGAUACCAUAUGGGUAAUAAAUUAACCACAUGUAAAUUACUCUAGUAAUGAAGUGAUGUUGUUGAAUGAAUAUUUACUUUCAAACCAUAUU